CCCCCCGGCGCCCCCUCGGCCCCUCGCCUUCCUCUUCCCGGCGCGGCCCCCCGGCUUCCGCGCCCCGCCCGCCACCAACCCGCUCGCCACCAUGUCCGUGGAGCUAGAGGAGGCCCUGCCGCCCACGACCGCCGAGGGGGCGGCCAAGAAGGCGGCCAAGGCCGGCGGCUCGGCGGCGCUGUCCCCGUCGAAGAAGAGGAAGAACAGCAAGAAGAAGAACCAGCCGGGCAAGUACAGCCAGCUGGUGGUGGAGACGAUCCGCAGGCUGGGCGAGCGCAACGGCUCGUCGCUGGCCAGGAUCUACGCCGAGGCCAAGAAGGUGCCGUGGUUCGACCAGCAGAACGGGCGCACCUACCUCAAGUACUCGAUCAAGGCGCUGGUGCAGAACGACACGCUGCUGCAGGUGAAGGGCACGGGCGCCAACGGCUCGUUCAAGCUGAACCGCAAGAAGCUGGAGGGCAGCGGGGAGCGGCGCGGGGCCGCGGCCGGGGCCCCGCCGCCCGCCGCGCACAAGGCCAAGAAGGCGGCCGCGGGCGCCGCAGCCCCGCGGCGCGCGGACAGGAAGCCCGCCAAGGGCGCCAAGCCGGAGAAGCGCUCGCACAAGAAGGGCGCCGCCUCCAAGCAGGACAAAGGCAGCAAGGCCAAGAAGGCGGCGGCCGCCGCGGGCAAGAAGGUGAAGAAGGCGGCCAAGCCCAGCGUCCCCAAAGUGCCCAAGGGCCGCAAGUGAGCGCGCCCCUCUAGCCCGCCAGCGGCCGCUGCAGCCCGGCCCGGCCCGGGCCGCUCCAUCUCGGCCCCGGGCCUCCCCUCCCCCACCGGCGUAGCGGUUUUUUUUUUUUUUUCCGUUGUUUGCUUUAGGUUUUUGAAACAGCCCUGGCGACGCCCCCAUUGGCUCUCGCCCUUGGCAACGGCCGUCGUUAUGGUUACCGGCCCCUGGGCGCCAAUGGCCGCGGCCGCCGCCCUCCCGCUCGGGCGCAAGCGCUGGGCGGCCCGGGCCGGG